AUGGAGACCGAGGUUCCUCCCCCACAUGAAGUCCCCGACGACACUCUAGGCGGUAUCGAGGGUUCUCCGCAUGUCGCCUCCAGCAGCAACGGUUUCCGUCAUCAACAGAGCACAUCCCUCGACCAGGGCCUCGCCAAUAGUCCCAAACCAGAGGAGGAUCCUUCGGCCAGAUACACCCCUCCUGUCCAACCGGCGCCUCCAAUCUCCCGACCAGCUAGCGGCCUGUCCAACCCCGCACACCAGGCCUACAAUGACUAUCGGCAAGGCGCAGGCGAACCUUCAUCCAACGGCCGUAACCAUGUCGUGAUCAAGGUUGGCAUGGUGGGCGAUGCCCAGAUCGGCAAGACGUCGCUCAUGGUCAAGUACGUCGAGGGCAGCUGGGACGAGGAUUACAUUCAGACCCUGGGCGUCAACUUUAUGGAAAAGACAAUUUCCAUCCGCAAUACAGAAAUCACCUUUUCCAUCUGGGACUUAGGCGGUCAAAGAGAAUUCGUCAACAUGCUGCCGCUAGUAUGCAACGACGCCGUCGCCAUACUCUUCAUGUUUGACCUCACGCGCAAGAGUACCUUGAAUAGCAUCAAGGAGUGGUAUCGCCAGGGACGGGGUUUCAACAAGACGGCCAUUCCCAUCCUUGUUGGUACCAAGUACGAUCAUUUCGUCAACUUUCCCCCUCAAGACCAAGAAGAGAUCUCAAAUCAGGCGAGACGGUUUGCCAAGGCCAUGAGGGCAGCCUUGAUCUUUUCAAGUACAAGUCAUAGCAUCAACGUGCAAAAGAUCUUCAAGAUCGUACUAUCCAAGGCAUUCGACCUCAAGUGCACAAUCCCCGAAAUCGAAAACGUCGGCGAGCCCCUAUUGUUAUAUCAGUCUGUGUGA